GAAAUUCAAAAAGCAAACAUAAGUUCACAACACAACGGAAACAAGCCACAACACAACGAAAUAUCCACAACACAACGAAAUAGCCACAACACAACGGAAAUGCUCCCGACCACUAGGGGGCAGGGGGUCUCUGUAAAUGGUUAAUUGCUCUCAAUCGCCCAUCUGUCUUUGGUUAUCUUUGGCGGACUGGAUGCUUUUCACUCGCACAGACACACGACAAGAAGAAUGUGAAUAUCACAAUGUAUUGUCCGUUUUGUGGCGCUACACUGGAAAACUGUCCUGCGUUUUGCAGUGCAUGUGGUAAAAACAUAACAUUUCUGAAAAAUAAAGUUCCUGGUGAAAAUGAGGCAAGCACGAGUGCAGCAGGGAAAUCAGACAGAAGCACAGUGGAUUCCUUCAUGAAGUUCAGGGCUUUGAAGGAGAAGGAGAGGAAAACCUUCUUUACUAAGAAAAGUCAGGAAUCUAAGAAGGAUAAAAAAACAGUGAAGAUUUAUGUUGGAGUUAUGUGGAGACAUGGUGGUGUUUUAAAGCCUAUCAGAGGGAAGACCCUGCCUCUUGAUGUUCAACCUAUUUGGUCAUCUGAGCAACUUUUAAUUGCUGCUGAAAAGAAAGUAAGAGAUUUUAAUCAGGAUAUGGAAGAGGGCCCCUAUGUAUUGCUGUACCCAGAUGGUUCAGAGGUGAAGAACAUUCCAGGAACAAACACCCCUUUCAAACUACACCUGUACAAAGAGGCAAUUGGAAAGGCUUAUCAAAGAAUAACUCUGUUUAUAUGCACAUUUCAAGACUUCUUAGCUAAUGACUGCUCUGGGGAUUCUUCUAGUGAAGACAGUGAAGUGCAAGUAAAGUCUACCUCUCACAGUCCACAUUAUGAGAGUGACACUUUGAUAUGGGAUUUUCCAGAUGAAGCAAGCACACCAAAUGCAGGAAGCACAUCAAAUGCAGGAAGCAAUUCAAACAGACCCCCUGAUCUCUCUCUGCCUUUUUUGGACCAAGAAGCAGGAAAAAAUGGAACAAAUAUCAAAGAACACCCACAUGGCCAACAAAAGUGCUACAGCAAUUACACACGUCUCUAUGCCCCAAUAAUAAUCGACAGUGACUCGGAAGCAUCUGAUGAGAGCAGACAAGAUGUUCAAGAAGAAAGAACGGAUGUAUUAACUUCUGCAGACAUUGUGUCAGAUCUCGCAUUGAAGAUAAUAAAAACAUGUUGCAGCAGAUUCAACAUAAAUAGAGCCAAUGUUUGGGAUGGAGCUGUUCGUGGAUUCAGACGUGCAUCAUACAACCCAUUACACGACAUGCUUGUUAAAUUCACGGAUGACGAAGGCACAACUGAAGAUGCAGUGGACACAGGUGGUCCCAAACGUGAGUUUCUAACCCUCCUAAUGGACUGUUUAAGGACACGAAGAAUCUUUGAUGGUCCAGAAAAUAGGAGAUUUCUCACCUUUAACAGUGCAGCUGCCAGAGAAGAUGAAUACUUCCUUGCGGGGCAGAUGAUUGCGGUUUCUAUUGUUCACGGUGGUCCAGGUCCUCGCUUCCUCUCAGAUAUGCUAUACGAUCACCUCACUGGAAGGACGGCCAUUAAUGGAACAGUUGAAGAUAUAACAGAUGAGAUCAUGAAGGCAGCUUUAGUUGAGAUAUCUAGUGCAGCAUCAUUGGAUGAAUUACACAUGCUCGUGGAUAAGUAUUCCAGCUUGCUGCAGACUGCUGGAUGUUUUCAUAACCCACAAAGUGUAGAAGGCAAAGAAAACAUUGUGAAGGAUUUCAUACAGUGGUACAUAAUUUACAGAAACCAAUACUCAAUACAAAAAUUUAGCGACGGUCUUUCCACCCUGGAUGUCAUCCAUGCCCUGGAACAACACCCAAGUGUAUUCAGACCCUACAUGUGCUACAGUGUUGAGAAACUAACACCUGAAUCACUGGAGGCUGUCUUCAAGGCUCAGCUCAGUGAAGUUGGUUGCACCAGACGACAAGAAGAAACAAGGAUUUUAGGAUACUGGAGAGACUAUCUGCUUGACACUGGAGAACAAGAAACUGCAAUCUCCCUCCAGGACAUCCUGAUGUUUGCUACAGGACUGGAUUCACUGCCUCCUUCAACAAUUCAGCCUCAGCCCCUACUGACUUUUGAGAGCACUUCUAAAUUUCCCAUUGCCAGCACAUGUGCCAAUACAAUCAAAUUGCCAAUGUCUAAAAGCUAUGAAGACUUCAAAAAUGCAAUGGACUUUGGUAUCCAAAACUCACCUGGUUUUGGAUUGCAGUAGAGUAGAACAAUGUAAAAUGUUAAAGGGAUAGUUCACAAAAAAAAAAAAAAAAAUUCUGUCAGUAAUUACUCUCCCACAUGUUGUUCCA